UCACAAAGGGAACUGAAGAAUGUUGUACAAGGAUUCUUUCUUGAAAAGAAAGGAAGGAGGGAAACAAGCUAUUGGCAAGCUCAUGGAGCUUCCAGCAUGAACCAAAUUAAGCAAAUCCAAGCCCACGCCCUCCACCGCGGCGCUGACCAGACAAGCCUCCUUCUCGACCUAAUCCUCGGCAUCCCUAACCUACCCUACGCCCGCCGCCUUCUUGCCUCCCUCACCUUCCCCCCAUCCACCUUCCUCUGCAACAAGCUCCUCCGCGCCUAUUCCACCUCCUCCGUCAACUUCCACCUCUGCAUCUCCCUCUUCUCCUCCAUAUGCCGCCAACGCCACAGCCGACCAAACCUCCAUUCCUUUACCUUUGCAAUCUCGGCCUGCGCCACCUCCUCCAGCCCUCUCACCGGCCGCGCCCUCCACGCCCUUCUCUUCAAGUUCGGAUUUUUGCUCGACGCCUUUGUCUUCACAUCUCUCAUCCACAUGUAUUGCAAGACCGGUCAUCUAACUCUCGCACGCAAGCUGUUCGACGAAAUGUAUCAACCUGAUAUCGCAACUUGGAACUCCAUGAUCACUGGGUAUGCAAAGAAUGGUGAUCUUGCUAAUGCACGGAAGCUUUUUGAGAAAAUUCCUGUGAGGAAUGUGAUCUCUUGGACUUCGAUGAUUUCUGGGUAUUCGCAAAAUGAGAUGUAUGAGGAAUCCAUUGAAAUGUUUAUGAGGAUGUGGGAAAUGGGUGAGGUGAGGCCGAAUGAGGUGACCUUGACGAGUAUUCUCCCGGCUUGCGCCAAUGUUGGGGCCAUGGAGUUGGGGGAGAAGAUUGAAGCUUUUGCGAGGGAGAAUAAUCUUCUAAGGAACGUGUUCGUGGGAAGCGCAUUGGUGGAAAUGUACGCAAAAUGCGGUGAUAUUGAUCGUGCAAUGAUGGUUUUUCGUGAAGUUGGGGAGCGAACGAAUGUUUGCUCAUGGAAUUCGAUGAUCAUGGGUUUAGCCGUGCAUGGGAGGUGGAAGGAUAGUCUUCAACUCUUCGAUGAGAUGAAGGAAAGAGGCAUCACCCCUGUUGACAUAACAUUCACCGGAGUUCUCAUGGCCUGCACUCACGGCGGACUCGUGGAAGAAGGGAAGCGAUUUUUUCGCUCCAUGGAAAACGAACUCCUCAUCCCUCCCAAAAUUCAACACUAUGGUUGCAUGGUCGAUCUUCUUGGACGGGCGGGACAUCUAAAUGAAGCCUACGACCUCGUAAGAAAGAUGCCGAUGGAACCAGACGCGGCCAUUUGGGGAGCGCUGCUCGGCGCCUGCAGUUUCCAUCGAAACGUUGAGCUCGCCGAGAUGGCCGCAGAGUUUCUUUUCAAGCUUGAACCAUGGAAUCCAGGCCUAUAAAAGACGUUUUGUGGAAGCCGCAAGAUCCCAAUUUGAUGAAGGGUGACUCCUUAUUGUGACUUUUAAAAAUUUUCAAAUAUGUCGUCUCGCGAUGGAUAAGGUAUCCAUGAAAGGGAUAAAGAUCUCUAUGUUGCACCUUCCGGUCAAAAUUUCUCAACAAAAGUUGAUGGAAAUUAAGUAUAUAGAGGAGGAACAACGUAAAAAGACCAAAGGUUAUGGGAAAUGGAAUGUCACAUAAGAAGGUAUCCUUUUAGAGACCAUGAAGGUGCUUGAUCUGGCCAUGGGUACAAUGGAGAAGGCUGGCUCAGACAGCGGGACGACAUUGGCUCCUUUGGAGAAUUAUCUAUCCGGAAGCCCAUUAAAGUAAUUAACUCGCCCAUAAAUUUUUUUAAUUGAUCGUUUAAAACAACAAUUUAAUCUAUUAACCCUUUAAUCCUUUAAUUAAUCCAUUAAAGCAUUUAAUAAGAUAAUGAAUUAUGGAUUGACGGACGGACGGACACACACACAGCACACGUACAC